AUUCAUAAAACCAAGAGACUCCGCGAGGUGCGCGUGAGUCAGAACGCAAGCCGCCGACGCGGACCCCGCGGAGCAGCCGCCAGCCAGGGCAUGUACCGAGACUUCGGGGAAGCCGGACCGAGCUCCGGGGCCGGCGGCGCGUACGGAGGCCCCGCGCAGCCCCCCGCCGCGGCGCAGGCGGCGGCCCCGCAGAAGUUCCACCUUGUGCCCGGCAUCCACGCUGUGAGUGGCAGCCAGGAGGUGCAGUGGAUGGUGCAGCCUCACUUCCUGGGGCCAGGCAGUUACGCCAGGCCUCUCGCCUACCCCCAGUACAGCCCCCAACAGCCCAGGCCAGGAGUCAUCCAGGCUCUGGGGCCGCCUCCAGGAGCACGUCGCCGGCCCAGCGAGCAGAUCAGCCCAGAGGAAGAGGAGCGACGCCGAGUGAGGCGGGAGCGGAACAAGCUGGCCGCGGCCAAGUGCAGGAACAGGAGGAAGGAACUGACCGACUUCCUGCAGGCGGAGACGGACAAGCUGGAGGACGAGAAGUCCGCGCUGCAGCGGGAGAUCGAGGAGCUGCAGAAGCAGAAAGAGCGCCUGGAGCUGGUGCUGGAAGCCCACCGCCCCAUCUGCAGAAUCCCAGCAGCACAGGACAGCGGCGGCCCAGGCAGCCCAGGCGGCCCACAAGCCCAGGACAGUGGCGACCCAGGCGGCCCAGGCGGCUCCAGCAGCCCGCCCGCCCCCUGCCGCCCUGUCCCUCGCAUCUCCCUCUCCCCGGGGCCCCUGCUCGAGCCCGAGGCACUGCACACCCCCACGCUCAUGACCACGCCCUCCCUCACUCCCUUCACCCCCAGCCUGGUCUUCACCUACCCCAGCACCCCUGAGCCCUGCUCCUCCGCCCAUCGCAAGAGCAGCAGCAGCAGUGGGGAUCCGUCCUCGGACCCCCUGGGCUCCCCAACCCUCCUGGCCUUGUGAGGCAGCCCAGCCCCCCUCCUGCAAGGCGCCACCCCAGCCGGCAUCUCCUGCCCCGCCAGCCCCCGCCCCGUUCCUGGGUCCAGCUGGCCUGGACCGCCCCCGCCCUUCUCCAUCCCUCCAGGUGAAACCGAGCACAAUUUGCACUAAAUCAGAGACCAAACAUCCCCCAUCUGUGUCAGAAAAACCCAGAGAGACUUUGUAUGGCCCCUAGGGGCCCUGUGGAGCCCUCACCCACCACCCACCACCCACGCUGUCCAGGGAACCUGUCUCCCAGCCUAGAACACUAACUCACCAGCCCCACUGCCAGCAGCGCACGGCCACGGGCCGACCCCUCCGACCCCGCACAGCCCACGAGGUGUGUGCCACCGGCGAGCUCACCUGUGGCCCCCAGCUCUGAGAAGCCUUUAGCCCCCAGGGGAUCCAGGCCUCCAGAGGGAGGGGCAGCUGCUAUUUAUUUUCAAGAAGAGUAUUUUUAUACAAACCUGCCAACAUGGAAUAAAAGGCUUGAAGCUCUGGCCCGGGGGGUGUGUCCUUGGGCCCAGAGUCACCAGCCCUGGUCUCUGCCCCACAGACUGGCCCGGUGACCUUGGACAAAUGGAUACUUCUGGAUCCCCACUGUCUUAUCUGACGCCGGCGCCUCCGCUCGCCUCAUUACUAGGACGGAGAGAACAGGGUGCUCCGGGGUGAAGGUGGGGGGGUUAUCGGUCCUUCUCCCCGUGGGAGCCAACAGAGCUGGCGCAUGUGCCACGGGGGAGGCACUCUUCCGCCCCCUGCUUCCACCCUCAAGACGCGGCCAAGUGGGUUCCAGGCCCCCAACACCUGCUUCCUGCCCCAUUGUCUUGCACAGGAAGGGAGCGGGAGCCACUUCAGGGGCCGGAUCCGUCCGGCAC